AAAAUAAAAUUCAUAAUUUAUCAUAACUAGAAGCAAUCAUCUCAGUAAUGAAUUUCAACAAUUACAAAAAUAUGUUCAUGUUCUUCAUUUUGACCAUGCUGUGUUUUAAUUUUCUAGAUGUUAGUGAUGCCAUAGACACCAUUACAUCAACUCAGUUUAUCAAGGACCCUGAAACUCUAAGCUCCAAGAGUGGUAACUUCACCUUAGGCUUUUUUAGUCCUGAAAAUUCUACGAAUCGUUAUGUUGGAAUUUGGUGGCAGCCUCAUUUCACAAUCCUAUGGGUGCUUAACAGAGACCAACCUCUCAAAGAUUCUUCUGGUGUUGUUAAAAUAUCUGAUAAUGGUAAUGAUCUCGUGGUAUUGAACGGAAAGAAAGAGGUGAUUUGGACAUCCAACGCACCGAAUGUUGCAACCAAUUCAAGUUCGAAGCUUUUAGAUUCAGGGAACCUUGUACUACUUGAAGGCACAACAGAAAGAACCAUGUGGGAGAGUUUCCAGCAUCCUUCAAAUGUAAUGCUGCCAAACAUGAAACUUACUAGCAACAAAAUAACAGGUGAGAAAGUAAAACAAACAUCAUGGAAAACACCUUAUGAUCCAUCCAUUGGAAGCUUCUCUUUGAGUGUUGAAAGGCUUACUAUACCUGAAGUGUUCAUAUGGAAUGAAAAUCAACCAUAUUGGCGAACUGGUCCGUGGAAUGGUAAGAUUUUUACAGGGCUUCCAUAUAUGACAACUCAUUAUCUCGGUGGUUUACAUGUUGGAGAUGAUGGAGAAGGAAAUGUUUCAUUCUUUCAAAUAACAUCAGAUACAGUUGGUCUUAUAAUCUAUAAUUUGAGUUCAGAAGGAAAUUGUGAAGAGAAAUGGUGGGAUGAAAAGAAGAAAGAAUGGAAAGUAACAUGGAAUAGUCAUGAAAUGGAAUGUGAUGUUUAUGGUGUAUGUGGACAUUUUGCAAGCUGUAAUUCACAAAGCUCACCAAUAUGUAGCUGUUUGAAAGGGUUUGAGCCAAGGAACAAAGAGGAAUGGAAUAAACAAAAUUGGACCGAAGGAUGUGUUAGGAGGACACCUCUUCAACAGUGCGAAAGAUACAGAAAUCAAAACACAAGUGAAGACAGUAACGCUGAUGGUUUUUUGAAACUGCCGAUGGUCAAAGUUCCCGAUUUUGCAGACGGAUCAUCUCUCACACUGUCAUCAGAAACAUGCAAAAGUCAAUGUCUGGAGAAUUGCUCUUGUGUUGCAUAUUCUUAUGAUGCUGACAUUGGUUGUAUGUCUUGGACUGGGAACCUAGUUGACAUACAAAAAUUCUCAAAUGGAGGACUUGACUUGUAUAUUCGUGUAGCACACACAGAACUUGAUAAAGAGAAAAACAUGAAAGUCAUCAUCAUUACUAUAACAGUGCUAACAGGAACUGUCAUAGUUCUUGCUUGUGCGUAUAUCAUGUGGAGAAGGAGAACUAACCACCAUGCAACCAUCCGAAGUGACAAUGCGAUUGGAGAACUGUCACAAGUUAAACUCCAAGAGCUAUUACUAUUUAAUUUUGGCAAGCUUGCAACUGCAACCAACAACUUUCACUCAUCCAACAAACUUGGGCAGGGAGGUUUCGGACCGGUAUACAAGGGGACAAUGCAUGAUGGUCAGGAAAUAGCAGUUAAAAGACUUUCUAAAGCAUCUGGACAAGGUCUAAAAGAAUUCAUGAAUGAAGUGGCGGUCAUUUCUAAGCUUCAACACCGCAAUCUUGUAAAACUUCUUGGCUGCUGUGUUGACGGAGAGGAAAAGAUGUUGAUAUAUGAGUACAUGCCAAAUAAAAGUUUGGAUGCUUUUCUCUUUGAUGCCUCGAAAAGUAAAAUCCUUGAUUGGAGGAAACGCUUUAGCAUAAUAGAAGGAAUAGCUCGAGGAUUGUUGUAUCUGCACAGAGAUUCCAGACUAAAAAUUAUACAUAGAGAUUUGAAGCCAAGUAAUAUCUUGCUAGAUAAUGAGCUUAAUCCAAAAAUAUCAGACUUUGGUAUGGCCAGAAUCUUUGGAGGGAGUGAAGAUCAAGAAAAUACAAGAAGAGUUGUUGGUACUUAUGGUUAUAUGUCUCCAGAAUAUGCAAUGCAAGGACUGUUUUCUGAUAAAUCUGAUGUCUUUAGCUUUGGAGUUUUACUUCUUGAGAUUAUUAGUGGAAGAAGAAAUUCAAGCUUUUAUGACUGCGACUCUCUUACCCUUUUAGGAUUUGUAUGGAUUCAAUGGCAAGAAGGCAAUAUUCUACCACUGAUAGAUCCAGAAAUAUAUGAUCAUAUCCAUCAUAAAUAUAUUACGAGGUCCAUACACAUAGGGCUUCUAUGUGUACAGGAAUUUUCCAUAGACAGACCUACCAUGGCGGCUGUAAUUUCUAUGCUGAACAGUGACAUUGUAGAUCUUCCUCCUCCAAAGAAACCUGCAUUCAUCCUGAAGCAGAAUAUGCUGAGCUCGGUGUCGCCUGAAGAAAACAACGAUGACUUUUACUCUGUCAACUUGGUCAGUAUUUCAGACAUCCAUGGUAGAUAGCAACUAAGAAUAGUAUAUUUUCUCUAAGAGGCAAUGCUGGCUGGUAAUUUUUUUUUUUAAAUCGUAAUCUUAUGGUAAUUCUUUUAUAAAUUGUAAUCUUAUGGUAGUUUAAAACAUUUUUUUUUAUCGUAGUUUACAGCCAAAUUGCAAACCCAUUCAUUCAUUUACUCCACUUCGUUUGAAUAUUAUAGUUUACGUUUCUCAUA